UUCUCUCCGGGAAAGAUCUCUGUGCGUAAAACACCACAGCGGAGAGUCCGCGGGGCUUCUCCACGGACACGCCCCCAACCAGAGGGAGGAGGAGAGAGGGAGGAGAGGGAGGAGAGGAGAGAUAGGGAGUAACGUGGGUUUCCACUGCUCUCUCCAGCAGCACCUGUGUGACCGGAGAACGAGCCGCUGCCGCGUCGCUUCCAGCCGAACACCUUCAGCUUCUCCGCGGCGGUCCGGUUUGGCCCGGCUCGACUCGGUGAGGCGAGGGCUUCCUCUCCGCUGCGGCUCUCCGCUCCCUCUCUGUGGGGAAACACACUUGUCGCAGCGGGCUGAUCUCCGUGAGAUCAGCUUGGGCACCGGAAGACUCCGGCGGGCAGACCCGGAGCAGAGCAUGCCUGCGGCGGAUCAGUGGCAGCUCCGUGUCCGGCUGUGGCGCGCGGGAUCCUCCUGAUGCCUCGACUUGUUGCUGCUGGAGGAGACACGCGCUGAGGAGGAGAACACGGUGGCACCGCGGGGAGAUAACACACCGACAAACCGGAUUUAACGGAUUUUAGGAGUUUUUUUCUGUGUGGAGUUAGUUUGGAUUCUUCUUCCUGUCUCGCUGCCUCCACGCACACGGUCACGGACUGAUGAGGACACGCUCACAUGUGGAUUAGUUUGUUUUUACGCAUUAAUUUCGUGCGUAAAAAUCAUCUUGUUUUCCAGGAGAAACUCUGCUGAUUGUUUCCAGAUGCGCGCGCGCCGCUCCGUGGCUCCGUGAAUCUUCCUCUGACGAGCCUCCACGAGCAACAUGGCAGCAGGAGUAGCGGCGUGGCUGCCGUUCGCCCGCGCGGCGGCCAUCGGCUGGAUGCCGGUGGCCAGCACGCCCAUGCCGGCUCCCCCGAAGGAGCAGCAGCGCGGGCACGCCGGGCUGAUCGUGCUCAACGUGAGCGGCACAAAGUUUCAGACGUGGCGGGACACGCUGGAGCGGUACCCGGACACCCUGCUGGGCAGCACGGAGCGGGACUUCUUCUUCCACGAGGAGACCAACGAGUACUUCUUCGACCGCGACCCGGACAUCUUCCGCCACAUCCUCAACUUCUACCGCACCGGGAAGCUGCACUACCCGCGGCAGGAGUGCAUCUCCGCGUACGACGAGGAGCUGGCGUUCUUCGGCAUCAUCCCGGAGAUCAUCGGGGACUGCUGCUACGAGGAGUACAAGGACCGGCGGCGGGAGAACCAGGAGCGGAUCCAGGACGACGAGGAGAUGGACCCGACCAACGACCUGGUGCUGCCGGACAUGAGCUUCCGGGAGACCAUGUGGCGCGCCUUUGAGAACCCGCACACCUCCACCAUGGCGCUGGUCUUCUACUACGUCACCGGCUUCUUCAUCGCGGUGUCGGUGAUGGCCAACGUGGUGGAGACGGUCCCGUGCGGCACCGCGCCGAACCGCGUCAAGGAGAUCUCGUGCGGCGAGCGGUACGCGCUGGCCUUCUUCUGCCUGGACACCGCGUGCGUCAUGAUCUUCACGGUGGAGUACCUGCUGCGCCUGCUCGCCGCGCCGAGCCGCUACAAGUUCGUCAAGAGCGUCAUGAGCAUCAUCGACGUGGUGGCCAUCAUGCCCUACUACAUCGGCCUCGUCAUGACCGACAACGAGGACGUGAGCGGCGCCUUCGUCACCCUGCGCGUCUUCAGGGUCUUUCGGAUUUUCAAGUUCUCGCGGCACUCCGCGGGACUUCGCAUCCUGGGCUACACGCUGAAGAGCUGCGCGUCAGAGCUCGGCUUCCUGCUCUUCUCCCUCACCAUGGCCAUCAUCAUCUUCGCCACCGUCAUGUUCUACGCCGAGAAGGGAUCCAGCGCGAGCAAGUUCACCAGCAUCCCGGCGGCCUUCUGGUACACCAUCGUCACCAUGACAACACUAGGAUAUGGCGACAUGGUCCCAAAGACCAUCAUGGGGAAGAUUUUCGGCUCCAUCUGCUCUCUGAGUGGCGUGUUAGUCAUCGCCCUGCCCGUCCCCGUCAUCGUCUCCAACUUCAGCCGAAUCUACCACCAGAGCCAGAGAGCCGAGAAGAGGCGAGCGCAGAAGGCGUCCAAGGAAGCAGGACAGGCGCUAGUGUGUAAGGCCAACCCCACCUUCGACCUGCACCACAACCACCUUCUGCACUGUCUGGAGAAGACCACGAACCACGAGUUUGUGGAUGAGAAGACAUAUGAGACGGGCUGCAGGGAGGUAACUCUAGUGAAGCAGGUGUCUCGCUCUUCUUCCAUCUCCUCUUCUUCACAACACGGCUUCAGUUCCUGUUGCGCUCGCCGGAAGAGGAAGACCUUCAAUGUCCCCAACUCCAACAUGUCUGUGGGUCUUCAUGGCAGCGUCCAGGAGCUGAGCACCAUCCAGAUCAGAGAGAGGCCGCUCACCAACAGUCGAUCCAGUCUCAACGCCAAAUUCGAGGAGACCGUUCCUCUUAACUGUGACCAGUCAUACAUCACCGCUGCCGUCAUCAGCACGCACACACCGCCUGGCACCACACCCGAAGGCAACGAAUCAUCCAGCUCCACCGACUACUCCCAGGCCAACAUUGUCCGGGUGUCCGCACUCUAGAUGACAACUUCCCCUCCAACAUGGAAACACAACCCACCCAGCAGAGGACGACGGGGGUCAGGCAUCAGGGGGUCGGGAGUCGAUGGCCCCGCACCACCACAGACUCAGAGGGCGGGGGUUUGGAUCAUGCGAUCACGAUGGAAGUGGGGUUAGCUUGAAUAUUUCAAACCUCUCUCGGAGGAAACGUCAUUCUGUACGCACUAAAACUCAGCUAACCUGCCUUGGAGUGCAUUUCUUUCUUUUGUCUUAUAGGACGGAUUUUUAUUCCAGCAGCCAAGCGUUGGAGAGGAGGAAAUGGUAGCACUUUGGCUGAUGACUGAUCUCUACCUGAAGAAAUUUGUUUCCACUGCUAUUUUUCCAGUCAUGUCUUUAAAUUUGAUGUCUUAAAACACAAAGAGAGCUGACACUAACAUAGAGUUCUUUUCUUAAGUCCGAACGCAGUUUAAAGGAAAUGUCUGAUAUUUUGGGAACAACACUGUGAACCAUCUUACCACAGCUACAUGAGGAAUUAGCUUAGCUUAGCACAGAGACUGAGAGCGGGGGGAAACUGUUAACCUAGCUGCAUCAGAAGAGAAAAAAAUAACCUUUAAACAUAUCCGUGUGACUUACACGUUGUAUCAUGUUAGCUAUCAAGCUAGUCACCCAUCGAUUUAAGAGUCAGCAAGUUGACUGUAACUGUUGACGGUUAGAAGCUAACGCUGAACUAGCUGGAGCUUAAAGCUAACUUGUUUCAUGGAGUUUGUCUUAAACUUGUGAUGACCUCUGCUACGCCAUGAAGAAAAAAUACAGUUAUGUCAUGACAUUAAGAAACAGAUUCCUCAGUGUCGACUGGUUUUGAGUUCAGCUAACAGUCUUCCAAAGAACCUAAAACCACACUGUCUCACUUCCUGUUUCUACCUGUGUGAAAUAAACAAGAAACAACAUGUUAAGUCAGAUCAUUUCCAAAUUGUAUUUUUUUCUCUUAACGUUAAUGUUCACUUGGCUAGGCUAGCAGUUUGCCGUCUGUCUCAUAUUAGCCUUGAUUCAGGAUGAGUCCAACACUGAAGUUAACGUCACCCUGGUUCCCUCGUCGAAAAGCCAAUAUUGGAUUUUGGAUUAUUGCAGGAAAAAAAAACAUUUCUGAUCCUUCCAGGUUUUGUUCAGUGAGAUAAUCUUCACUAAUAAACACCACUUUAUGAUUAUUGAAGAAUAAAUUCAAUCAGCAGAAGUAAGAAGCUAACGUUAGGCUGUAAACAAACUACACCACGCUCACAUGACUCAAUGUCACAGACACAAUAAGACUGUAAAGUCGUGUUCGGAGUUGUGACGUUCUGUAGUCUCAUGUAGACACUUUUAAGCAACCAUCUUAUGGAUGCAUCAAGAUUCACAGUAGGGUAUUUACCAUUCUUGGAACCCAUUGGCUGUAUUCAGCGUCUGACUUCCGGCAGACGGUAAUACAGCCUCUGGGGGCAGACCCCUGAUUUUUUGGCAUUCCGGUUUGAUUUGGGCGGAGGAGGCAAAUUUCCGUUUCCGACUUCUAUUUAUAUAUAAGUAAAUAUGCUGAACCAUUGCGAUGGAUUCAGAGUUUGCAGUGACGCCAAGUAUGUUCCGCCUUGUUAGUUCACCGCACGGACCGUUUAACCUGGCAACACCUGCAGCCGGCUCAAAAGUGAUUGGUCAAUAUCACGCGGACUACAAACAGCCUACAACCGGACACCAGGGCUCUUCCGCUCUUCUUCCGGAGGCAAGAUCUCCGGGGUUUGCCUACAGACUCUACAUUCACUGACUGUAGAGUCUGUAUAUAGAGACUAGGUAUUUACUGACAUAUUUGAUAUUGUAGAACAAAACGUAAAAGUCUCUUCAGCUUGCUGCAUUGGGAAAUGCGCAUUAAAAGAAAUACGAAUUCUGUGUGUUUCCAUUAAAUGUACGGACUUUGGUGAAAACUACAAACUCGCGCGAGUUUUCCACAGAACCGGAAACAAAACAAGUCUCGCAUUCUUCUUCUUCUACGUUUUCUGGCGGUUGGCAACCAGCUUGUAAAUGCAUUACCGCCUUCCCGACCCGGAGUGUGGAUAUCACCAUGGAGAGAGGUGCGCUACGUCAGACUUAAUUCAAACAUAACUGUUUCCAUCCCCCGUUUUGCGAAUCAACAUUUUUUCGAAUCAACCAAAACCCGACUAAAGCGAGCGUAUUUUAGUUUGUGUGAAUCAGGGGAUUUUACUUAGAAUUUUGGCGUUUCCAUCAUAAUUUUCCGAUGCGAUACUUGUAGAUGCACAUCUAAACAGGCUGAUGGAAACAUGGUUACUGACUUCAAGAUGAGGGAACCGGGAGCUCUAACGUGCUAAUUAACUUCCAGGUUUCAGACUCAUUGCUGCGGCACUCUGACGUCAUACUUUGUACAUUUGUGUCCUGGACAACAUUUUAACUUCAAACAUUUUUUCUGAAAUCAGUCAGAUGCUGAGAAUUUUUGUUACAGGAAGAAUGUGGAAACUUUGAACUCAGCAUGUGUUUGGAAAUCUUCAAUAUGUGAGAUGCAAAGAGAAAAUUUAUAAAGAAGGCAAACCGGGUGUCAAAUAGUCCAGAACGUGGAUCACAGCUCUGAUGGUGAUUCAAACUCAUAAUUGACAGUUUGGUUUUAUGACAUCACGGCUGACUGACAGCAGAUUUUCUCCACCCUUAAACUCACUCAGAGAACCGCCCAGUAUCUGGUGAGUUUGUAUUUUUAACAUUAAUCCUGUGAUGAGUGUUUCGCACCCCUGGGUAACUGACAUGUCGGAGUGUAGUGUGAUCGUUAUAUUAUUUAAGACCAACACCAUCAGUGACCGCGCGGCGCUCCGGCUCGGUCACUUAGUGUUUACUAUGCAAACAUUCAGGGGAAAAGUUUCUGCCACACGAUGAGCAGGACGACCACUGAGAACACUGACGUCAUGUGGUUGGUAUUUUAUAAUAUGUGUAAAGAUAAAUCUAUAUAUCUUCAUUUAUUUAAUACUCAACUUAUUCAAAAGUUUUUAAGCCAACAGAAGCCAAAGACAGGAUUUUUAAAUGAAUUUAUAAGACAUUUUUAUUCCUGGAUGUGUGGUGAAGGCUUUUAAAGAAAAUAUAAUUGACAGACAACGUAAUAAAUAAAAUAUGCAAUUUUUAAAAAUGUUCUUGAGGGGUUAUCCAGGGGGACUGUUUUGUAUUUUUUUUUUAUUACCAUUUUAAUUAUUUUAUUUGACUUUAUUUGUUGUUAUUUAUUUUAUUUAUUUAUUUAUUUAUUAUUUUUAUUUUGUUUUAUUAUUUAUUAUAAUUUCACUAUUUUUUACUGUCAUUUAUUCACGUAACAUUUUUUAAUAUAUUUUUAUAUAUAUAUUUAUAAUUUAUUUAUUUAUUUGUUUUUUAUUAAACCUGACAAACACCGUAGAUAUUUAUAUGAUGUGUGAGUUCAGGAUCAGGGCAGGUAACAUGGCUCACAAGUGUUCUUCCCAAAAUGACGAGCUUUUCCUUUAACUUAUCUUGCGGAGGACGUUUUGUAUUUGCAGCUCUGACGUAGAAGAACGACGAUGACGAGGAUGACGAGGGAAACCCCUCUCAGCAUGUUCAGUAUCUGUGUGUGUGUUUGAGUGCAUGGAUCCGUGUGUUCCCAUGUGUUUCGGGAUGUUGCAUGCAGAUCUGACUGAAUGCGUGUGAGACUUGGCGAGCGCCCGGUCUCCGAGUCCUGACUCUGUAUAUAUUUGUUUUUUUUACCGGAUCUUCCCGUCAGAGCUGACGGCCUUCUUCUGAGCUGUACAGACACAUCUGGACCGCCAUCAUGAAACGUUGAUGUCAGUUUCUGAUGAAAGAAAAACAGUGUGCAUUUCUCUCUGUCGUCUUGCUUGCAGAUUUGUUUGACGCACAUGUUGCCUAAUGUUGUUGUUCUGUUCUUGAUGUGAGCAGGGUUAAAACACUGUGUCGGCCUGAUCUUACUUUCUUAUGUCAGAACUGAUUUCAGGGAGAUUCAAGGAUGUUUCUGGAAGAUUUACAUCACCGACACUGUACUGUAUUAAAUACGUAACUAUUAUAUCCAGGCUACGAUUACUGCAGAAACAACCCUCCGAAAAUAUUACGUCCUGAAUUUUUCCCCGUAAAAUGAAGCAGGAUGUAGCCUACCUGUCGGCAGCUUCUUAGGUGAAGAUCUUAGAGUAACAGCUUUUAUUUUGAAGGUGAAGAACUGACACGCCAGGAAAAGAAAAAGGUCAGUAUCAGGUAAUAACAUGAAACGUUUCUUGUUACAAUGAGAUAUUUUCACAUUAUAACGAGAUAUUUUAAUGUUAUGAUGAGAUUUUCUUGUUAUAAAGAGAUAUAUCAUGUUAUAAUUAGAUAUUUUCACAUUAUAAUGAGAUACUUUCAUGUUAUGACGUUUUUAUGUCAUAACAAGAUAUUUUCCUGCCCUAACAAGAUAUAUUUAUUUCUUUAAUGAUAAUUUUGUUAUGUGACAUUUUCAUGUUUAAAAAAUAUACUACUCUACAACACAAUAAAUAGUAUAGAAAUAUUUUUAAUUUUUUUGUAACAGAAGGUUUUUGUUAUAGUGUGAAGAUGUCUUGUAAAAACAUUAAAAAAAACAAUGUUAGAAACGUUUCACGUUAUUUCCUGAUUCUGAUCAGUUUUUUUCUUUCUGGCAUUGCAGCUCUACACUUUUGUAAUUUUGUGAGUUAGCCAAACUGUAAAAUGAACGUUUGGCUGUUUGAAAGAGUUACGACACUCUGUACUGUUUUAACAUUUUAAAGUUAGCAAGGACUGCUAACUUUUGCUAACAGAAUGAUGUUAGCGAACCAGUGAGCUUGCGUUAGCUGCCUAUGCACGUCAUUUCCCUCCCCUAUGUUGUAGCUAGGUAAAAGUUCUGAUCCUGUUGACAGAUGACACAGCAGAUAGUAAUGAAUUCUUUAAAGCACAUUACAUAGAUAUUUUUAUCUCUUUAAUCAGGAUCUUUGUAUCUCGAGCUGAGCGGCAUCGUGUCCUGUCAGUCUGUGAAUUUGUAACGUUAGCUAACGUAGCAUUAGCUCAGCAGACUGAGAGCUUCAGACGUGGCUGAGCAGCAGGUUUGUCAUUAUGACCACAAGUAGACGGCAGUCAUCACAAAAUAAUAUUCCACUUCUAAAUGCAAUGAUUAAAAUAAUAAAAAAGAUAUUUCAGUAUCACAAUAAUGUAGCUGCCUUCGCUAAAAGUGAGCUAAACUAAAUUUAUCUUACUGAUUCUGACAGCUGGUGGAAUAGUUCGGGAAAUACUUUUCUUGUUCAGAUUGAUUUCAAGGAGUUUAAGUGCGCAAAAUAAUCUGUUUUUACCCUUUUUUUGAAAAAGACAAAAUUUCUACAUGCAGCCACGCAUUCUCUGAUUUACGUGAUCUUACAUUUUGAUUAUCACGUUAAAACAUAGAAAAGUGGAGCAGCUGGAGACGCUCGUCUCAUUUUGCUUCUUUGCAUCAAAAAUUAAUUUAAUUUUGUGUAUGUGUCCAAAUAAUGCUAUUAAACCCUGAAUAAUACCAACAUGUCCCAUACGCCUUAAUUGGAAAAUGAUACAUUUGGACAAAGGCCAAAUUUGGAAAUUUGGAAAAUCCAAACAGAAUAAUAUGCUGUUUUAAAUUCCGAAUAUUUUCAUAUUCAGAAUAAUAGCGGAAUAAUAGUGUGCAUAUAAAUAUACCCGGUGUUAAUGUCUGUUAAUGCUGCGUUAAAAUGGAACACAUUAGCUCGAUGUCGUGAAUACCACGACAGCAGUGGAAUUCAUACGGACUCUUGUCGUAAACACGGUAAACACAACCCCAUUUGAACGCAGCGCAAGUUCAAAUCUGGAGUCGUGCUUAGCUUAGCUUAGCUUAGCUUAGCAUAGCGUAGCUCCAGAGAGUAUCUUUGCCUGAAACAACAAACUUAUUUCUACACAUAAGAACAUAGCUUCCAGACUUUAUGCUAUGCUACGCUAGCAUAAAAAUCCACUUUCAGAGAGAAUGUGAAGACGAGUAUUUUCCGAACUAUUCAGAAUCAUUAAGCUAAUAUUUCUCUUCCUGUAGCUAACGAGACGACACCAAAGUCUGUUUGUAUUUUGGUGAAUAUUUUAGUCCUCUGCUGUAGCUGGUGUUUCCUACAGAGCUCCUGAAGUCCUGAGAUAUAUUUUUAAUCUUGUGUGCACAAAGAUAACGAUUUGUGUGCACGAGUUAUUGUCAAACCCGAACAAGAUAAAAUAAUAAUAAUGAGUUAUUUCAGGACUUCAGGAGGUUUUAUUUGAGACUGUUUGUGAUUUGUAGGUCUAAAGCCAUGGAGACAAACGGGAAAUAAACAGGAAAUAGUUUUUGGGUAUGAACAUGGUGAAGUUUAAAGAUGUUGUAUCUUCUCUCUCAGAAACAUCAGUAUCUACCUGUACUGGUCAAACUCCAGUCUGACCAGUCUGACCACUGGUGAACCGAGAACUGAAUCCAUUUUGAUACAAAGGCGACUUUUCUUAAACAACAUACUGUGACUUCAUUCUGUUCAUUUCCUGGUGGAUCAUUUGGAUUUGUUGAUGUGGAUUUACUUCCUGGACGUUUCUACCUGCAGCUGGAUUUAAAGUUUGUUGGGAGGAAAGAGCACAUCGGCACGUCGGAGCGCAGAAGCCUCGAACAUUCGAGGGCAGCUGAAAUAAAUUCAGCACUGAUGCAAACAUACGACUGAUCUCUCAGAGCUGGGAUUUAAUCCUGAGCUUCAUCAAAAGCAACUUGAUUUCUUUGUUGUUUAUUUUUCAAGACGACAAAAGUUGACAGAAGUUUCAUAGUGAAAAUGCAAAUGGCCGACCCUGCUAGGACCCCACCCCCACCCCCUUCAUCCAUCACUGCUCGACUAUAAUGUGACAUAUGCAACCAGCUCCUGUUGGUCGGGUCUCUUCCUCUGGGUUUGUAAAGAUAUGCUUUGAAUUUAGGGGGGAAAAAUACAGAAACAUAUUUUUGAGGAUCAUGUUGUUAAAUUUUGGUUGUAAAAGAAAGAAAUAAGGAUUAUUAUUAUGAUUAUGAUUAUUAUUACUGUUGCUAGUGCACACGUGCUGUAAUUGUUCUUUAUGGUGUAGUAAAUCAUCUUAUUUUUACAAUAAUAAUUUCCAUCAGCAGUCGUCGUGUCUUACGUUAACAUUCCACAUGAUAUUUUUCUAAAGCGUUCAGAUACAACUUGCAUGCGUUCGGACCCGUCGUCAUGUUGGAGCAGGAAGUGAUUCAAGGAUUUACCUGUAAACUGAAGAAAUUGUGAGGAUGGUUAUUAUGAUAAUUAUUGAUUUUGAUUUCUUACAGCUUGUGUUAUAUUGAUAAAAAAUACUUUAAUUAUUGAGGAUAAUAUUGAAAAAGAGAAGCUUCCAUGGUUUUAGUGUCUGAGUAAAUAGAA